AUGGAAAAGGUUGGUUCGAAUCAGACUGGAACAUCUGAUGAAAUUGUCGUCCGCAGGGAAACAUUGAUGAUAUCUGGACAUUUCAAAAGGUCGGAACUCCCUUUCCGACGAAUGUGGCGAAGGCGCCAGGGGAAACGAACAAGUACGUGGCAUUGUGGUACAGACAUGGAAAGCCAGUGAUGGGGAGAGCGUGGAAUGACUCCGGAGUGAUGCAGGUUGCUUGAAAGGAUCCUUUGCACCGAGAUAUUGACAAUCUGGACAUUUUCAGUGCACCUUCGUUUCGGACAACAAAGUGUACAGUGGUCAGGACAUCGGAGGGCUCAUUCAGCUGCUCAAUCUGGAUCCGGGCGAGAAGCAAAGAGCAUUUUAUUACGACUGGAUCAAGUACAAAAAGGCGCAAAGUCUGACGAGCGAGGGAAAGUACGAAAUGGUCCGUUGCGAGUACAGUGCGCCCGUUUACUGGCAAGAGCACGGGCUGCUCGGAUGUGUGAACACGGAUAGACUCGUUGCUUACUUUGUGGAUUCUGACAUGCAAAUGGUAUGCCGAAACGGGGUGUGUUCUGAAAAAGAAAUAAUUGAAGAAGACGACGAAGGCGAUGGAUGAUCUGCUCGUGCUCUGCAAGAUUUCCGGCAAAAAAGAUGUUAAUCAGUCGGUAGAGAAGGAGAACCGUCGACGAUCGUGGCGAACAAUUCUCGGAUGGCAACUAUUGUGAACGACUGGGAAGACUUCAAUUGGGGACGUCCAUGGCCGACUAACAAGUUAGUAUCCGCACCAAAAGUAAAAAAGAAUCAAGUUUGGCUUCAGAAACGUAGUGUGUGCACCCAAGAACGCCUCUUCUCCCGAACAAUUUGUCGCCUUGUGGUACCGUCACGGAAAGCCCGUUAUGGGAAGAGCUUGGGCCCAGAACGGACUGAUUGAAGCGUCGUUUGUCGAGUAAGUGUGGACCAACUUGAAUUAAAAAAUAAUGUCGAGUUUCAGUGCCAAUCGAGAAUUUACGGGCGCUACCGUAGGAUCUCUCCAGCUUCUGAUAAGUUUUCCACCGACCACAGUCGGUUAUGAGUACACUUGGAUGAGCUACGGACAGGCAAUGGACUACCGCGACAAGGACUUUGUGCCCGUCCACCUCAGCUACGUCUGCCCUGCAAUCGUUCCCGUUGGCGGCAAACUUCUUCUCGGUAAGAAAAAUCUUGCUUCAUUUCAUUUAAAUUGUGAUUGCAGGUCAGGUGAACAUGAAGACAGAGUGUGCAACGGUGGCCAUCGACGGCAAAGUGACACAGCUCGAAGGAGGCCCCGUCAAGUCGAUCUCGGUGCUUUGUCGCCGGGAAAUGGCUGAGACAAUGCUCAUCUGAGAGGGCUUGCUUUCCCAUCUGUUUCAUGCCCUCGCUUUGUAUCUCUUGUUUUUCUUUCUCGGAAUUUCUCAACAUAAAGUGUGGAUUCGUGAUCGCUUGUUUGAAACCUUCCCAUUUCUCACAAACUAGGGUAAUUUGAGAGUGCGCAAGCAUGCCCUUUCCCACAGUCGCAUGAUAUACUCUUCGUGUUUCUCUUUUCUUGAAAAGGUGUGCAGGCGGAUUGAUCGACCGCGCCGCCGCCUCCGAAUGUGGCGGACGACAGCCAGCAGCAGCAGCAGCAGCGGAGAGACACACACGACAAACAGCGAGAGACGGGAUACGCAGACACAGACGCAGGCCUCUUUCCGUCGUCUCCUCCUCGCCUUUUCCCCUUCACUGGGUGUUCGAGAGACUGAGACCACGGAUAGACGCGGGUUGUCGGCCUGAGCGCCGAAAAAUGACUAUCAAGUCGUUUCGUGCUGGCUCUUCUUCUCUUCCAGCACCUGAUGAACCUUUUGAUUUUCUCACUUCAUUGAUUUUAUGAUAAAGUUGGAAAAGAUGCAUUUUGUUCCGGUUAGAAAAUGUUUUUGACAAGAAAAACGAUAUGGUUUUAACAGCACGUUAGAGAGAUUUUAUAAAUAAUCACUUUUUCAUUUAGACAAAUUCAGUGCGAUCAUAAAAAUAGGAGCGUAGCCUUUUGUUUUUAUUUCUGAAAGAUAACAAUUUACCCUCAGAGUAUCUCGCUGUGAUAUCAUUUCGUGAUAAGUCUGAACAGAAGACUGAUAUGUUCAGGACUUGUUUCUAUUAGUUCAUCACAAUAAAACCGCUUAUCAAUCACGAUCUCUAAAUGAAACCUUCUUCGAAUUUGAAAACAGCGCGCGUUAUUUCACCUACGGUACGCGAAAGUGUGCAAACACGGCGAGAAAUCGAAAGAUUCAGUUGUAAACCGUAUUAUGAACAACUGAUAGACUUUUUUCCGGACAAGCUUCUCUUAAAACGUUGUGUACGUGCUAGAACUUAAUCUUUGUUUUAAUUUGUCUCGCCGCCCGUCGUGUUAAUCGAUUCUUUCUUCAAUUAUCGGGAGAUUUCAGAAAAUUUUGCUAAAGUGUCGUCGCAACAGAAUCAACCAUUGAACGGCGAAGCUUCCAAGAUACCGGCUGGAAGUGGACCAGCCCGUGACUCCCCGGAGGACAUGUCGUCCUCCAAGGCAAGUAUUUCCUCGCUUAAUGUUUAUAAAAAGAGAAAUCGAUUGCAGGAAGGCGAGAAGGAUGCUUCGCGUAAAGUGAAAAUUCCCAAACGCCCGGAGUUAAACAACGGAGGUACCUUGGAAGACUGCCUAUCGAACGUAUAUUCACUGCUCGAUCUGCCCGGCAUAAAAUGGAAGUGUUUCCGCUCAAAAGCGAACGCGAAACGUGGUGUUCCACUCACCACGGACGUCGUUCUCAGUGCCUACAGUAAAUGUGUUCUCGUGAGUUUUUUCUUGAGAUUUGAAUCAAAUUAAACUAAAAAUAACUGAUACAGGACGGAAUAUUAUGCACGUGGAGGAGAAAACAGCUGACAUCAACAGGCAACCAUGAAAUGUUGAAUGUGCCAACCUUCUCGACUGACACACCGAAAGAACUAUGGGUCUUCUGGUUUGAAGACGAACCGCCCGUUUUGAAGCAGUACUGUGAGGGACUCGGUUCGUUUUCCUUCCGGUCAACACCUUCAAUAACUCCGUUGCUUUUGCAGAUAUCGACGAAGAGCUGGGCUCGGCUUCACAGAUGAACACAGUCAGUUACGAAGUGCGAACGAUACUCUUCAAAGCAUUGCACGUCACCUUGGAAAGAGAUCUGACGAAAGACGGGUUUGUCCGCUUCGGAAGAUGGUUCACAAUGCCUUUCGACGUCCGCGAGAGUUAUCUCAUCUUCACUUAUCCCAGUUACUCGCCGGCCAUUCAUCUCAAUUUCUUCGUCCACGGCUCUCAUACAGUUUGCGUUUCUGUACAGGCACAAAGACAACCAACUCUGAUUGUGUUGGCUAAAAGGUUCGAAUUAGUUUUAUUUACUUUUUUUUGUUAUUUCCAAACUAUUUCAGACAUCUGGAGUACAAACCUGAUCCAACUAAGAGUAAAAAGGGCGUUCAUGUGGUCGUCGGCCCGUGGUCGAUGCGUGGUGUUAUCGUGCCGGACCAGUUUGCUCUGCUCGCCGACCCCAUAUGCUGGAAAGGGCAGAGAUUGAGUGGAACAAAUGGAAGGAAUUCCUGCAAAUGGAAGUGAAAGAGCCGGAGAAAGUGCCGGAAUCCGAGAAACAAAGUCUCCGGAGCCGGAACCAAUACCAACUCCACAUCGUGCACUUCUCAUUGAUUCGUCGGACGAGGAAUCCACGCCAAUCUUUGAUAAUGCAGAUGAACUGCCAAUUGAAGACAUACCUCAAAGACUGAGAUGGAUGUACGAACCGGAUUACCGUCCGGAAAAGUCGAAAGAAGAGACUGCGGAAGAGAAAGAGAGAAGAGAAAGGGAAAGAGAAGUUAGGAGGAAACGAAGGAAAGAGCGCGAAGAAAGGAGGAAAGAGCUGGAAAACAGAAGGCCGCGGCCACGAAUCCCGACGAAUUCGAUUCGGAUGUAGUGACAGAUGCAGAACUCGAAAAGACAGAUGAAAUAGUGGACAACGAAGUGCCCAAAAUGGUUCUGCUCGAAAUCGACAGUGUGCGUCUGCUCUAUCCUUCCAAAUACCUCUGCGUCACUGUGGAAGAGGAUCGGCUCGUUUUGGAAACAAUGGGACUCAAGACUCAUCCAGCGCCAGACGAAUUGCAAGGUAAAGAAUCCGAAUCUUUGAAACUCAGAAACACAAAGAUCACCUAUUCUCUUUCAGUUCCUGCAAGAAUGCCUCGCAACAAGCACGUCGUUAAGCGGGCCAAUCCGAUUCUCUCGACGAUGGCCGUUUGGCAAUACUGUCGCUAUGAUAUGAAUUUCAACGAUCACAAAAAAAUGGCAGACGAAACGAACGGCGGGUUCAAGUUUACAGAAAGAUUGCCGUACAUCAAAGAAAGAUAUCUACGGUGGCGGUUCUCGGACAGGUCAAACGGAUGCGUCUUCCACGGAGUGUGUACGGCCUCUUGCACGCGAAGGAAACAUAGAAGUCAACGAAGACGUGAGUUUUACUUCCGUUGCGUAUGCCUUUCUUCCUCUGAUUUACAGGCAGGAAACCGUACGUCCCUUAUAUAAGUAACAAGGAGAGGAAGAAAAUCUACGAUAAUGUGUGCCUUCGCGUCUACAGAAAGAACAACUUCUUUGCGUAUCACAAGGGUACACAUGCCCCAGAUUGAUUCCUGUGCCACCUUCGUUGACAGUCGAUACGGUUCCACCGAGAGGGAAGAAGGAGAUUCCUGUGAUCUAUAUCCGUAUGUUUCCACGUUCUCUUUCGCUCAUUCAGUCGAAUAAAAUUCAGAUGAUAGCAAAGAAGAAGAAGAGGAGUUCAAGAAGAAGCAAGAAGAUGAGAAAAGAAAGAAGUGGGAGGAGGAGAACGAGCUGCCGGCGGGACCGACGCGACAGGAAAGCGAGGACGAAUCGUACCUGAUGGACAAUCAGUGCCAGAACGACUGGGCUAACUUUGAAGAAGACGAUCUACCCAAUGGAAUACCCGAUCUCGAAAAUGAAAAAGAUACUCAGUAUGUCUCUAAAACGAACGAAAGGUUCAUCGUCUCAACGUUUCAGUGUUUUCAAUACUAUCCAAAUCCCGAAGCCACCGCCCGAUGAGGACUACAAGCCGACUCCAUUCCUUCCUAUUACCUUUAUGAGCAAGAGAACCGAUACGGGAGAGUUCGACCUAGUGGGGUUCGAUGAGGAGUUAUCGGAGGAGAGAUUCAACGACAUCUACAAAGACAAGUAUGUUCCGGCCUUUCAUUCAUGUUCAUAUAAAAAACGGUUCAGGCAAAACAAAUGGAAGGAAGGCAUGUCGAGACCAGAAAAGAUUCAAGUGGCCGACUAUCAGUACGAUCCUUUGUAUCGGGAUUUCGGAUCCCCAAAUCGUAUCAUUUGA